CUCGCCGCUGCCGCUGCGCGCGCCGUGACCCGCGACCCCGGACCCCGACUCCAUUUGGCUCGGCCCGCGCGCCCCAGGCCCGACACGGGCGGCGCGGUGGGAGAAUGAGCGGUGGGCGGCGGAAGGAGGAGCCGCCUCAGCCGCAGCUAGCCAACGGGGCCCUCAAAGUCUCUGUCUGGAGCAAGGUGCUGCGGAGCGACGCGGCCUGGGAGGACAAGGAUGAAUUUUUAGAUGUGAUCUACUGGUUCCGGCAGAUCAUCGCUGUGCUCCUGGGUGUUAUUUGGGGAGUGUUGCCAUUGCGAGGUUUCUUGGGAAUAGCAGGAUUCUGCCUGAUCAAUGCAGGCGUCCUGUACCUCUACUUCAGCAGCUACCUCCAGAUAGAUGAGGAAGAAUAUGGCGGCACGUGGGAGCUCACGAAGGAAGGGUUUAUGACAUCUUUUGCCUUGUUCAUGGUCAUUUGGAUCAUCUUUUACACAGCCAUCCACUAUGACUGAUGGUGUACAGCCCUCACCUGCCCCCUGUCUAAAGGACCCGCUUAGUUACAGCACAGAAACACGAUGUAGGGGCACUCCUGCACGGGGAGCCUAGAAGACGCAUGUUUUCUGGACCGAGAAUCAUUGUGUUGGGCAUCAGUGUAUUCUGCAAGGGUUGGGACCUGAAACUUUUUAAAGAACCAUCCACCUUUUGGGGAACCGUUUCUGAAUUGUCCACCGCUACCCAUUUCCCCUUGGAUAUCUGUCACUGAACGCCUGUUUGCCAGUUGGAGCUGGUCAUUUAUUUUGAUGCAUCUCUGGAUCACCUGGAUGAAACAUUAAGUUUUCUUCCUCAGUUCUCCAUCAGGUGUACAGCUUUCAGCUAUCAGCGGCAUUUCAAGUCUUCUGAAAACAGUAUGUCAGUGUAUGUGUGGUCCAUAGCAAGUACAAGCAGCAUCUAAUAACAGUUUCCAUUGUAGAAUGUUUUCAGGUACUCAAAUAAAUCAAAUCUUUAAUUGAAAA